UUUCCUUUCCUUUCCUUUCCUUUUCUUUUUAAUUCAUAAAGCAGGACUACUAGAGAGCAAUUGAAAAUGAAAGUUGAAGUGAUAAGAAACAUGGAACCACCUGUCAUGAUUGUCUACUCUGGUCAUUGUGGCUGAGUUUUCCUCUGCUGUUGCUUGUGUUACGUAGGCACAGUGGGAGCUGUGCUGUCCAUAGGGACUUACAUCUGUUUUACAUCUUACCUGUCAGUGCUAGGCUCCCACUGACUUUAUCUGUCCAUUAUAAAUGGUCUUUAUGACAAACUUGUACUGCACGCAGAGAGAAGACACAAUUAGCCCCUUGUAUGACGUCCCCCUCUUAGAUGGGUGUGUUUGUAGCAAGGUGAGCUAUCUUGGAGCCCCUUUCUUGAUCUCUUACCUAGAUCUCCUAAGCAUAGAGUUAAAAGUCAGGGGAUUGGGCAUCAGGGCUAUUUCAAGGUCAAAGAUCAAAAGUUGAUAGGGGGUUGGCAGUCUAGUUCAGUGGUGGUGUUCUUUGGAGCAUGCUCAUGGCCCUGAGAGUCAUGUUCAAGGCCCAACACUACAAAGGAAAAAAAAAACCCUGGAGAAAAAGAUGGGGUCAGGUAGGAAUGCUGAUAAUACAUGUAUUGAGCUGUUCUCCUCAUGUUAUAUUCUCCCUGUUCUUGGUUUGUAUAAACCAAGUCUUUGGAAGUUACACGGACUCCAGCGCAGUGUAUCUACGUAAAUGUUAAAUAGUAGAGCCUCCGGUGCUAUAUCCGACUGGCUUCCCUUUGUACCUGAUCAGCAGGCUGGAAUCUCCAGCCAGCAUGAAGAGCAGUUAAACUUGACUCCGCCAAGUGCCACAUGCUGCACGCUGUGCUGAGGGCUGGGGUCCUAGGCUCCCUGGGCUCUGCUUUCAAAGGGUUCCUGCUGCAGUGGAGAUCAAUAAACACAGCGUUUGGGUGUAAAGAAUCAAGGAAGGCUUGUGCUUUCCCUGUCUGAUCAAAGUCUCCAGGUAUAAAUUAGGGCUUCUGCACGGGCAGGGGUAGGAAGGUUCCAGUCACAGGCAAGUGGGGAGGAUGGAGACACAAGAGUGUGUUCAGGAGGAGAUGUGAGCUGGUAGGGGAGUGAGGCUUUGAGUCUGAGAGGUAAAGCCUCUUGAUUCUGUAUUCAGGAAGAGUGUAUGGCUAUGGUGCUUGUAAUAACUUCUGUAGUGUGCACUUAUCUGGCUGUAGAUUAUUAGGAGGAGAAAGGGUCCCAAUCCCGGUGCUAGAAGGAAUAUUCUAGAAGACAGUGGACCAAACACCAUGGCCAGUGACUGUAAGCAUCCAGUGAGCGUUUUCAUUUCAUCAAGCUAUUUUAAAAUCCUUUCCCUGACCUUGGAAACUAGGUGUCGUUCAGGUGUGUAAACUUGAGUUGUCAAGCCUAGAUCUGAACCCAGAUCCCUCUAACAGUGAAUGCCUCAUUAACGAGGGGUUUGGAGGACUGGAAUGCAAAUAAAGAUUGGGGACCUCCCCCCAAUUUUCUUAAAUCCAGCCCGUUUGUUGGAUUACUUUCCUUUGGGGUACCGAGAGAUUCUCCUAUGCUCGUGUGGCUUGAAUAAGAAGCUCCCCCCACCCCCCGCCCUGUAGACUCAUAUUUGAAUGCUUAGGAAGUGGCAUUAGGGGGUGUGAACUUGUUAGAGUUAAUAUGACCUUGUUGGAGGAGGUGUCUCACUGGCGAUGGACUUGGAGAUUUGAAAUGCCCAAGCUGGGUCCAGUGGCUCUCUCCAUCUCUUUCCUGGCUGCCUAUGGAUCCAGAUGUAGAACUCUAAGCUCCCUCUCCAGCACCAUAUCUGCCUGUGUCCUGCCACGCUUCCUACCAUGAUGAUAAUGGGCUGGACCUCUGAACCUGUAAGCUUACGCCUCAGAAAUGCUUUUCUUAAGGGUUUUCAUGGUCAUGCUGUCUUACUAGCAGUAGAAACUCCAACUAUGCCAAUGGUGUAUGAAAAGUGAAGGUGUGCGUGGGUAAUAAAUUCUUCCCUGUAUGAUGUGAUUCUCCCCUGGGGUAUCUGGGGGCUCCCACUUGGUCACUGUUCAUGGUUACUUAGCUUCCUGCUUUACACUCUUGAGGCUCCUUUCAGCCAUCUUUGGUGCUCAGAACAAUUGGGACAUUCCAGAGCUCUUGAGAGGAUAGGGUGAAGAUUGCAUAGAAUCCAUGUUUAUAGUCUAAGUGGAAGAGACCAAGAGUCACCGCUGGCCCUGGUGCCACACGGAGCGAGAUCAUGGCGGAAGAAGUUGUUUUCAUCCCACAAGGCCAACCUCUGCUGAGCCCACAUUAUUGAAAAGUCAUUUCUCCCCAGGGCAGUGGGGUUGGAUAAUUUUGUGACUAUUUGUUGUGCUCCUGGCUCCUAAUUCCACUCAGAUGGUACAAUGGUGUGAUGCCUACUCUUGACGGUCAACUUCACUACUUCUGGAAUUAACUAAAACCCAAAUGACUGGGCACGCCUGGGAGGGUUUUUACAAAAGGAGAGGGAAGCUGGCUCUCUCCUUUUCCUGCUUGCUCUCACUCUUGCUUUCAAGCCUUUAGGAGUUACAGCCUGUUUCUUCAGGAUUCCAGCACAUGCUGAUGACCAGCUGAGAUAUCUACCCCUUUGGACUGAGCAGCUGCUGGAGUCUUGGACCUUCUUUUGGUAGGCAGUUAUGGUUGUUAUGGCAGUUAUGGUUGGACUAGCUGGACUACACCUGUAAAGACUCCAGGACUAUAACUCGUGACCCUGAUGGAUACAAAUGGGAUUCCAGGCUUCAUUGUUUGCAGGAGACAAUGAGAAUCACUACCUUUUUUUUGUUACAUGAGUGCAGUGGACACUGUGGACAUGCAGCUUUUGGGAAGUUGUUUCACACUGGAGCUAAGGGAAGAUGGAAAGUCUUAGAGACAGAUCAAGUCUUGUGAGGUUCAUGCCUUCUACCCUCUUCAAGCACUUAGAGCAGGCUUGCCCGUCUUUGGACACUAGGUGCAUGUCACGGGCUAGUAGUGGCAUAUAACUCACCUUGCACAGACUAGUGUCCUGUUGGAACUCCCUGCUCAUCCCUCACUGAGUCGGAGAGACAGUGUGAGGUUCCUGUGGUAUGAAAUUCUGGCCAGAGGUAGGAUUGAUGCAAUUUUCCACUCAGGCCUUACAGGGUGAUGGAUGCUUCAGCCAUGGGUUUUGCUCUGGAAAGCUAAAUUUGAGGCUGAGCUUGCUUCUUAUAGAUUGCUGACUUGUUUGUGGUCAUGUCUGUUGUCCUGAACUCUAGGUAGAGGUGGUUGUAGUAAGAGCUGACAUUCACUGAGCAACUAUAUGCAGACAUCAUUUGGGGCUAUUUAUUUAUUAUUUUAGUUUUUUCUUUGUUCUUUUAAAGAUUUAUUUAUUAAUUGAUUUUUAUGUAUAUGAGUACACUAUAGCUGUCUUCAAACGCACCAGAAGAGGGCAUCAGAUCCCAUUACAGAUGGUUGUGAGUCACCAUGUGGUCGCUGGGAAUUGAACUCAGGACUUUCGGAAGAGCAGUCAGUGCUCUUAACCGCUGAGCCAUCUCUCCAGCCCCUUGGGGGCUUUUUAUAAGUCUUAUCUUAUUUAACUCUCAUACCACAUCUAUGAAAGUGUUUCUCCUUCCUUCCUUCCUUCCUUCCUUCCUUCCUUCCUUCCUUCCUUCCUUCCUUCCUUCCUUCCUUCUUUCCUUCCUCUCUUCCUUCCUUCUUUUCUCUCUCUCUCUUUUUUUGCCCACCACCUGGGUUCCUGGGUUUUCUGUUUUCAUCCUCCCUAUGUAAGCUAGGCACUCAAGCACAGAAAGGUGAGGUGGCUUUCCCAAUGCCACGAAGCUACCUAGUGGGCAGGCUGGAUUCCUGCAUCCCAUUUUGUGCUGGGUUUCAUUUGACUCCUUGCCAUGGGGUCACUGGUUGCCAAGGGAAUGGGCAUUGGGUCCCCAGAUGCUUUUCUGACACAGAGGCCCUGUCUGGUGUUGUGGAGGAACCACAGAUAGAGUCUUACCUAAAACCUCCCAGACCUCCACAUGCCACCUGUAGGACCCCUGAGAGGGUGGGUGCCUUGGGCAUCUCAUCUGAAUCACUCUAUUCAGCGGGCAAGGUGCUAUGUCUAGGUGCCUCCUGGGGGUGGCCACAUAGAUGAAGACUCUGAGGAGGCUUGUUAGCUGGGUACUGGGGUUUUAACUAAAGAGUUUUUAUCUCGCAUCAGUAAGUCCCCCAAAUUCAGGGAUUCUGUAUAUUUGUGGCUCUAAAGGGACAGCUUGGUGCUAGUUUGCAGAGAUUCCGGUUGGGUAAAGUAGUGGCUGGUGCCAUUAAUUCAGGCUGCUGGGAUUGCAGCUCACAGCAAGAGAGCUGAGCAGGGUCGGGCAGCUUGGUCCCUUUCUCAAGCAGGAAGAAGCAGGAUGUUGUCACAAAGGCAAAGCUAUUCCCAUCCUAUCCUGUCAACCUGACAGUGGGGAAGACAGCCUGCCAGAGCUUGUUGAGCCAUACAGUCGUUUGCUGUGUCGACCCCACAGGUACAAUAUGCCCGAUAAUGGUGUGCUCCUCUUUAUCGGGAUACCACCUUGCUCCCUACCAAAGUCUGAGGUCAGAAUUGGGAAGGAGGAGUCUUAAAGGAAAGGAUCAUGGUGGGAAGUGCGGUCAGGGACUCAGAACGUGAUAGGGAAAGAGUCUCCGGCAACGGCAGGUCUCAGCCAAGGAGAUGGGAAAGCUAGGGCCAGAAAGAGGAAGAAACUCAGGUUCUGUCCCCGUACCUGCGCUUGCCCUGGGUGCCAGCAGACACGGCUCACAUUUAGGGUGAGGUUUUGUUGUUGUUGUUUUUAAAUAACCUGAUCAAGAAAAUUUCUCACAGGAGUCCCUGCCAGUUUAUCUCUUAGUUGAUUUGAUCCAGUCACGUUGACGAUGACAGUCAGCCGUCAUACUUUUAAAUUGGGUCGAGUAAUUCCUAACUCCCAGGGGCUUGAAAAUGUAAAAUGAAUGGAUAGGUGAGUUGGGGUGUCUGGGUACACUCACACGGACUGUUCAGUUUUGUCUCUGGAGCAUCAGCAGAAGCAGUAUAGGUAGUAUAAUCUCACUGCCAUGGAAACCGCUAUCUGCAAUUAUUUAACCUCUACCAGGAACCGAGCCUGUGCCCAUAAGCAUGUGUCUUCUGGUCACCAGGGUGUGGCCUUCACCUGCCAGUUGGCUUCACUCUUAAUCAGAUUUUCAAGAGUUAAAAAAUAAAAAGCAUGGUGGAAUAUGCCUAUAAUCCUAGUACUUGGGAGGAUGGUAAUUUUAAGGCCCUCCUGGAAUACACAAUGAGACCUCGUCUCAAGAAUAACUUUUUCAGACUAAUACAGUGUAUUAUACAAAAUGAUUUUUACUUGGUUUUAAAGGAUGACAGAGAGCUCACAGUGUUGUGCCGUUUUGGAGUCUGGGGUAUGUAUGAGACCCAUGGCUAAGGAAGGUUUAGGGAACAUAUUUCAUUCUGAAGGCUCCUGUAUGUAUCGUAUACCCUCCAGUCCACUCACGGGUACGACCUUUUAGUUGAGUGAGUGUCUCUUGUCUAUAGUUGGUGGCCUUUCAUUUGGGGUUCCUGGAGGAGUUAGAUACUUUGUGGCUUACGGGCUUUGUUUUAUGAAGCAGAGAGGUUCUAAGGACCAGAGAAGAUGCCUGCUUCUGGUUCAAGGAAUGAGCUCACGGUGCCUGCACUUCCCACUUAAGGCUCUAUUUCUGGGAGGGGGAUUGGGUCUUGCUGCUUGUUUCCUGCCUGUUUUAGUAAGGACGUAAAAAAUAAUUGGAACUUGGCCUACUAUGAAGCUAAUAUCUAGAAUAUGUGAGUGAAAAUCAAAACAGAGACAUAACUCAAAUGAAUGCUUUGUACUUUGGGUCAUUCAUGUACCCACCCAUUCACUCACCCACCUGUAUUUCAAUCCUGUUACUCAUUUAUCCUUCUACCCAUCCACUUGUCCACUCAUCCAUCUACUCAUCCAUCUAUCUGUCCAUCCACCAUUCAUCUGUCCACCAAUCCAUCUACCCAUCCAUCAUCAUCCAUCAUCCAUUCAUCCAUCCACCCACCCACCCAUCCAAAUGUCCACCCACCCACCCAUCCAAAUGUCCAUCCAUCCUUCCACCCACCCACCCACCCACCCAUCCAAAUGUUCAUCCAUCCUUCCACCCACCCACCCACCCACCCACCCAUCCAAAUGUCCAUCCACCCACCCACCCACCCAUCCAAAUGUCCAUCCAUCCAUCCAUCCACCCACCCACCCAUCCAAAUGUCUAUCCAUCCAUCCAUCCAUCCAUCCAUCCAUCCACCCCCCCAUCCAAAUGUCCAUCCAUCCAUCCACCCACCCACCCACCCAUCCAAAUGUCCAUCCAUCCAUCAAUCUAUCAUCCAUCUAUCCAUCCAUAUGCCCAUCCAUCCACCAUCCAUGAAUCCAUCCAUCAUCCAUCCACUUAUCCGUCCAUCUAUCCAUUUGUCCAUCUAUCUAUCCAUUUGACCAUCUACCAUCCAUCUAUCCAUCAUCCGUUUGUCUGUCCAUCCAUCCAUCUACCCAUCUAUCAUCAUCCAUCCAUCUGUCCAUCCAUCCAUUUACCCAUCCAAAUCUCUACCCAUCCAUCAUCAUCCAUCCAUCCAUCAUCCACCAUCCAUCCAUCCAUCUGUCCAUACAUCCAUAUGUCCAUCCAUCCCUUCACGCAUCCAUUUGCUCAUCCACCCACCCAUCAAUUCUCCCAUAAUCCACCCACUCAUCCAUCUAUUCAUCUAUCCAAAUUAUCUAUCCAUCUAUCUAUAAAUGCAUCAUCUGUCCAUGUCAGCACUCACACACCAAUCACCUACUUAUCCAUCUGUUGAUUUUAUUCUGUGCUUAUGCCAAAGCUUUUGCUAUUGGUAUGGCUGCUUCUUUAGUGGUAUCCUGGACAGGCAUACUUCCAGUGUCUGGGUACUGGCUCUACUCCUUAAACACAACUUUGUGUGACUUUGGAUGGUUUUAUUGAGCCUUAGUUUCCUCAUCUGCAAAAAGAUCAGUACAUUGGAACUUGUAGCUCAUUUUUAAGAGGUAAAUGAGACAGUCGGUAGGAAGUGCAGAACUGUGUCAGUUGUGGGUACAUGCAACAUGUGGUGGUUUAGAGCUUUUGUGUGUAGGCUGUUUUCGGAAGGCAAAAUUACUCACUAAAAGAUGGGACCACUUCAAAGACUCUGUCCUGGGCUUUGCCAAAUUGCCCAUCAUAAAUGUUGUAAGUGAUUCAGGCACUGAUGUCUAUCUUCUUAGCAUAGAGAGAGACAAGCACCUGUUGUCUUAAUUCUUGCAGAUUUGGGAAAAGUGCUGAUUCAGUGUUUUCAUUUUCCAUACUUUUAACCCUGGUGAGCUGUAAUAGAUUUGUUUGUGUACUGGUUGUUUAAUAUUUAUAUUUUCUUCCCACAAUUAAUGCUCUCAAAUGUCCUUUUUAGAGUGUUUCUGUUUCUCACCAAAGUGUGAAGUUCAAUUAAUUUAUAGAUAGUUUAAGUUGCAAGGAUUUUUCUCACUUGUUUUUCAAAGCCAGAUUAUGAUGUUUUGAUAUCUUGGAGAUUUAAAUUUUUAUUUCAUAACACCUUUUGAAUUUUUCUGUAAGUUUAAAAAGUCCAUAAUCUGUGUGCAGCUUAUUUGGUGUGUGCCUUUAUUUAUUUUACAUUUAAUUCUUGAGUUCUGGGCUCAUACUCAUAGAUGGCAACACAUCAUAAUUUCUUUUACUUAUCUAGGUUUCCAUACACUUUAAUGAAUAUAGAAUUUAAAAUUAUAUAUGUGUGUGUGUGUGUGUGUGUUUGUGUGUGUGUGUGUGUGUGUUUGUGUGUGUAGGGGUAUAUAUAUUUGCUUACUGCAAGGCAUACACUAUAUAUCUAUAGGUAUGUCUUUGUGCUUUUUAUACAAUUCCAGUUUCUCUUUGUGCUUACAGUAGAGCUACUUUUUAUGGUAGUUUUCUGUAAUAAAUAUUACUACAAGUCUAAAUUCAGUUUUUUUUUAAACAUAUUUCCCCUGGGCUAUUUCUGCUUCUUAUUUACUUAAAAUAAAUUUGUGAAGUUUAAAAAAUUCCAGAUGGGAGUUUGAUUAAUAAUCGCUCGAAGUUUGAAGUUGAGUUUGAGAAAAUUAACAUGUUUAUAGUAAUGAACUUCCCGUCCACAAAUAUAGAAUCAUCUCCAUUUGGUAUAAAUGGCGUUUUAAAAUAUGUUGCCGUUUUGCACAUUUCUUCGUUGAAUCCUGCACUGCUUUUCCCCACUUUGGUUAAAUUUCAUUUCCAGGCAUUUUAUAUUUUUUGCUGCUUCUCUAAAUAGGGUAUUUUUCCUACCAUAUUUUCUAAGCAGUUACUGCUGGUUGUUGAUAAGGUUCUUUUUGUGGUUGUUAUUUAUUUAUUUUUUUUGUUAUUUUUUGGUAACCAGACAGAUUUCUGAAGUUGCUUCUUUAAUCUCUGUCUUUCUUAGUCUCUUAAUAAACGAGAUGUACAAUUGGAUAGUAAAGUCCUAUUUUUGACUCUUUCAUAGACAUUAAUUGAUAUAGUUAUUUCCUUUUUCUCAGUUGCCCUGCUUAGAGGUUAUAAGACAGUAUUAAAUGUCCUCCAGUCAUGAUGGUGGGGCUUCACAAACGGUAUAGCCAUGAUGGGGAGGCAGGGCUUCUCCUUUGCCUCUCUCUGUCCCCCCAAUUAGAUGUUGACUCCCCACUCUCUACUCCUGCAGAAGGGAAAGCUACACAGUGGAGAUGGACCUCUGGUGGACCAUGGGCCAUGAGAUGGGCUUGUGGUGGGGAACAAGGGGGCCAGUGCAGCCUCCGGCUUUGUUACGUCUUGGUAGUGUCUGUCCCUCCAUGGACCAUAACUUAGGAUGUCAGCCAGGAUCCUUGUGAGCUUUGCUUCUGCCUAGUUCAGUCUAUCUUGCCCUCCCUCCUCCUUCCUUCCCUCCCUCCCCCCCCCCCUUUCUUUUUUAAAGAUAUCCUUUCUUAUGUCCCAGACUGACCUUCAACUUUGAAUUCAUUAAGUGGCUGGCGGUAAACCAAGAACUUCUGAUCUUACGCCUCCACUUCCCCAACACUGGGAUUAUGGGUGUGCCCCAUCAGACCAGGUUUAGGUGGUGCUAGGACUGGAAUCUGGGACUUCCCUAAUGCUAGCUCAACAUCCUCCCAACCGAGUGACAGCCUCAGCUCUCACUGCUUGCCUUUUCCUAGAUUUUCUGAGCACUUCAUGAGCCUUCUCCUCACACGUCUUCCCUACCUCCUACACCAUUUACCCCAGAAACCCACCCAUGGGAGACCUGACAAUGAAGGGAACUGCAUCCUUGGAUCCUGAAGGUCACUGUGUCUCCAUUAUGUCCCUGACUGCCUGGGCUGCCCUGCCCUGCCCUGCCCUGCCCUGCCCUGAUGGCUGAGCCUAAAUCUGCAUUUCUGGUAACCGUAUAGACAGAGGUCACAGGUGUGGGGCCGGGGUGAGGUGGGGCUCUUCUCUGUCAGAAGUCAGAGUUCUAUGGCUCAGUGAGUCACUCUGCUCCCACCCCCUGAGCUCUGAGCUGGCUUGUUUCAGGGUUGGUGUGGGUGGCGGUGUGGCUGGCAGGUUGUGGGUGAGGCCAGCCCACCCCAGAAGGUAGUGAUGAGCCGAGUGCUGCCACGAGCCUGCUAGCACCAGGCUAUGCCUUGUACCUGUCCUGCAGGGACUCUGGCUCUUGCUCUCCGUUUUUUUUCCCUGUGAAAUCAUUUCCCUUCUCUCCCUUCAAGCCUUUGGAUCCUUCCAGUCUGUCUAUUUUAAUUGUGAUCAAGUUCACUGCAAUUUGUCAUCUUAAGCAAUUUUAAGAGCAGAGCUAGAGGCAGGAAGAACGUUCACGGUGACGGAUAGCUCUCACCUGUGGCCCAUCCAGGUAGCUCUUUUCAUGCAAAGUUGAGACUGUCAAUGAAAAUCAUGCCCCAUUCUCCUGCCUCAGCCCCUGGAAGUGAUUGUUCUAGUCUCUGUCUAAGAAUGUCACUACUCCAGACAGUUCAUGGAAGUAGAAUCCUGUAGGAGUCUGGAAACUGGCUUUCUUCCCUCAGGACACCGUCCUCAGGGUUCAUUCACGCCACAAGUAUCAGUACUUCCUCUCUUUGGAAGCGGAGUAACGCCCCGGAUAUGCACAUUCACUAUGCACAUUCAAAUUUCAUUUGUUGCUUUGAGGAAAAUGCUCUGAUCACCUGGGGGUACUUGCUUAACAACCACAUAAAAAAACAAAAACCAACCAACCAAACAAACAAACAAACAAAAAAAAAACCAAAAAACAACAAAGCUAUUUUCCCAGCCUGCCAACUUUAACUUUUGAAUAAACAUUACUGUUAUUUUUAUUAUUCGCAUACCUACAAUCACUGGACCAAAACAUUCAACAUAAUUUCCCAUUCAAAGGGGAAUUAAAUAGAGAGACUAUCUUGUGUGUUGUAUGGAUACAUCCACCUGUCAAUUAAAAGCCUAGCUGACCUAUGGCUUAGCCAGGAGGUAGAAGGUGGGAUAUCCGGGAGGAGAAAGAAUUCUGGGAUAGAGGCAGGCGAGGAGAUUUCCUUCCUGGGGAGAUGGGACAAGACAGAUGCCCAGUACCUGAACACAGGUUGAAAGGAUUGUGGACAAGAGGAAGAACAAGAAGGGGAAAUGGGAAUAUCUUAUCCGAUGGAAAGGCUACGGCAGCACGGAGGACACGUGGGAACCGGAGCAUCACCUCCUGCACUGUGAGGAGUUUAUCGACGAGUUCAACGGGCUCCACUUGUCCAAGGAUAAGAGGGUGAAGUCAGGGAAGCAGGCCGGAGCCUCCAAGCUCCUCCGCGACGCCCGCGGCCUGCCAGUGGAAAGACUCUCCCAUCGGCCUCUGGAACCCGGGAAGAGCAAACCAUCUUCCCACAAGCGGAAGCGCGUCAACUCUCCCCUGUCCAGGCCCAAGAAGGGGUCUUCGGGUAAGGCUCCAGACAGGGCCACCAAGACUGUGUCCUAUAGGACUACCCCCAGUGGCUUACAGAUCAUGCCCCUGAAGAAGGCUCAGAACGGCCUGGAGAACGGAGAUGCCGGCUCUGAGAAGGACGAGUCACACUUUGGAAACGGGUCCCAUCAGCCGGAUCUGGAGUUGAACGACCAGCUUGGAGAGCAGGAGGCCAGUGACUGCGACGGGACCCACUCCGCGCUGGUGGAGAAUGGAGUUGGCUCUGCUCUGACCAAUGGAGGCCUGAACCUGCACAGCCCUGUGAAGAGGAAGCUGGAGACGGAGAAGGACUAUGUCUUUGACAAAAGGCUCAGGUACAGCGUCCGCCAGAAUGAAAGCAACUGUCGGUUUCGUGACAUCGUGGUGAGGAAGGAAGAGGGCUUCACACACAUUCUUCUGUCCAGCCAGACUUCGGAUAACAAUGCACUGACUCCUGAGAUCAUGAAGGAAGUCCGGCGAGCCCUGUGCAACGCGGCCACAGAUGACAGCAAGCUACUGCUGCUCAGUGCCGUGGGCAGUGUGUUCUGCAGCGGACUAGACUAUUCCUACCUGAUCGGCCGGCUGUCCAGCGACCGGAGAAAGGAGAGCACUCGAAUCGCAGAAGCUAUCAGGGACUUCGUGAAGGCCUUUAUCCAGUUUAAGAAACCCAUCGUGGUAGCCAUUAAUGGGCCAGCAUUGGGCCUGGGAGCCUCCAUCCUGCCCCUCUGUGACAUCGUAUGGGCCAGUGAGAAGGCCUGGUUUCAGACACCAUACGCUACCAUCCGACUCACGCCUGCUGGCUGUUCCUCCUACACCUUCCCCCAGAUCCUGGGUGUGGCGCUGGCCAAUGAAAUGCUGUUUUGUGGGCGGAAACUCACUGCCCAAGAGGCAUGCAGCCGGGGCCUUGUGUCACAGGUCUUCUGGCCCACGACUUUCAGCCAAGAGGUCAUGCUGCGGGUGAAGGAGAUGGCAUCUUGCAGUGCUGUGGUUUUGGAGGAGUCCAAAUGCCUGGUCCGAAGCUUCCUGAAGUCAGUGCUGGAGGAGGUGAACGAGAAGGAGUGCGUCAUGCUGAAGCAGCUCUGGAGCUCCUCCAAGGGCCUGGACUCCCUGUUCAGCUAUCUGCAGGACAAAAUCUAUGAAGUCUGAAGGGCCCCGGCUCACCUGCCCCCACUUGCUCAAGGGUCUCAGACUCCCAGCCGGGCCCUGUGUGUGUUUCUACCAUCGGAGCCCAGGGUCCACCCUAGCCAAGAGUUUGUCGGGGUGUGUCUUCACACCUACGGUUGUAUCCAUUCCUCGUGCCCUUCGGUUGUUCCUCAUUGGUUUGAUUUUGUGUAAAGGUGGCAAACACAGCACCCUUGGCCUCCCUGUGCACCCUGUCCCAGCCAGCCAUAGAGCCUUCCAGGGAUCCAUCUUCUAAGCGCUCCGCCAGGCCCUGUCGACCUUUCCCCCACUAGCUGAAACUCUCCUACCUUGGUCCAGAAGGGGGAAGACCAACCUCCCUCAUCCUCCCGACUCAGUCUGUGUCUACACAGUGCCUCCAACUUGGAGAUGAGGCCAUCACAGUUCUCUGGUUAUGUGAUCUGGGACCAGGGAACGAUCGUCUUAGGGAACCCACAGACCAACGAGCGUGCGGUAAGCUCUUGACUACAUAGGCCUGGCUUCAGUCUUCUCUCCAAUGCAACUCGGUGUGACUCUUAGGGCUUGGUCUUAAUACCCAACUGAGUGAUUUACAAACCCAGAUAUUGUACAUUUAGAAACGUUUUGUUAAAUAUAUAUUUUUAAAACAACGUGUAAGUGGAAAUUCUGAUAAUUUAUGUGUAUUAUAUGUAAAGCUAGUUUUGCAAAAAAAAAAGAAAAAAAAACAGAAGAACAUGACUUACUAGGAAAUUUUUUUCUUUAUUUGGGUUUAUUUUAUUUAUUUAUUUUUGUUUAUAUAUUAUGAAGCCUAUUGUUCACACAGAUCUUAUUUUCAUACCACCCUGGACCAAAUACUAUUCAAGGUGCACGCCGUUUGGUGCGUUCUUGCGGUGAGCCACGUGGAAAGAGAGAAGAGAAGGGAUUUUAAAAAGGCACAAGCCUGUGCCAGACCCUCUGUGUGCGGCUCAUGUGACAAAAAUGCCAGUUCUCUAAUCUUCAAGGACAAGUCACGGUGGCAUUUUCUCUCUUAGUCUCUGUCAUUCAGGAGAAUGGUGGACUCUGCUCUGUGUCAGCCCCGUCCCUAAAGUCGUGAUGUUAGGAAGGGAUGGCGAGCAGCCCGUCUUUAGGAUGAUAUAUUGCCUAGGGUGAGACUUUUUUUUUUUUUUUUUUUUUGCUCUAGGAUAAAUAAGUGAACUUGGAUUUCCAAGACUUUUCCUUCCAUAUGAACUUUACUGUCUUGGUUGGCCUUCUGGGGGUGUUGAGGAAAAAAACAAAACUCAGUCCAAACCUGAACAAUAAAUCUUUAAUUUUUGUUUUUUCUUUUUUAAGCUGAGAGAAUACAAGCAAAGCCUUAUCCAGCAUGUAGGUCUCCUUGCCCCACUGGCCCUAGCCUACUGGAGCCUCCAGUAGCUGACUUUAUGUCAUCCAGUUGGAAGUCUGCACUGGGGGAGAGUUUGGGUGUGAGUUGAUGAAGAGAUGGGAAAUGGAAGGGACCUGUCGUUGUGGUUGGGACCUCACACCUAUUUGAGAUCAUGUGCUUAGAGAAAAUUAGACCAUGGGGCGUGCGUGGGGUUCCAGGCUAGUUCUAGAUGGGUGACAACCUUGACCGCUGUUCUUUCUCUUCAAUUCCCUCUGAGUUUCCCAGCCUUUCUCAGCCCUUCCUUGGUGACAGCCGGGCACAGCGCAGAGUCUGCACAGCUUGUGGAGGGGAGGUGGGCUGCAAAAGUAGAGAUGGUUCUCUUUGGCUGCCCUUGAAUGGGAAUAGCUGCCCCAGUCACAAGUGGGAGGGAUACAUGGCCCUAAGCUCUGAAGGAUGCAGACAGUUGAACGUUUGCAUGAGAAUUAGUGACCUGGCUCUAGACUAUGGCUCCCGCGUAUGCACAUGGCUUUGUGGGCCUUAGAAUGACCUUGCUUUGCUCUAUAGAAAUGCUUUAGAGCUCAGAAGGGUUCAGGAAGAAAAGAGUUUAAGUCCCUAUUCUCCACCAGCCUGUGCCACCUUGGCCAUGGGGAGCCUGAGAGUACAGUCACCUUGGCUGUAUUUGGUCACAGGAAAAAGAAAUUGGAGCAUGUGGCCCCCUGGAGUCCCUAUAGAACACUGUAGGAGCUGUGGGCUGACUGGGGUGUAGAGAAUUAAGGAGCCUGAGCCUCUUGUCCCUUCUCUGCUGGGAUGAGCUCCAUGUACACUUAACCCCACGCCCUUAAGACAUCUCCUGUUCUUUACAUGUCUGAGUAACUCUUUCAGAUCGCUGCCUCCUCUAUAGGAAACACCUCCCCCAAACCUUUCUGAUUAGCUUCUGAUCAAGCCAGUUUUGUCCAUAGGGAAGCAAGUUGUCAGGAUUCUCUCUAGAAAUAGCACGGGAUGUUUAGAAAUCCCUGUGAUCAGCAGUCAUCUUUGACUCCUGAGCAUACAACCAGAUAUGCUUUCUCUCUUGGCCAUUUGAUGGGCGCCACACUUCCGAACAUACUGAGGAUCUGUGAUGACUGAGGUAGACACUGACCAUUUCUGAGGUGGGAUUUACACCCCUUGUUUUUAAAGACUGUGUUCCGUCUGUUGGAAGGAGGUAGAUCUGCCACAUGGACACAAGGCAUUUAGUCAACCUCCUGGGCUGGCCAAACCACAGGAGUUGGCAUUUUCAGGCUGGCUGUUUGGGUAGUGUGGAGUUGGAAUCCAGGUGACCCACAUAUAGCAGAUUGAGCUGGGAUGGAAAAUUCAGUGGUUGUGUCCAGGUUACCCCCAAAGCUUUAUUGAGGUCAGGUGCUGGCUCUCUCAUCUUUUUACUUUGUACCCCAUUGUCCUCUCUCCUCCCAUGAGGUCCUUUUGCUUGACCUGUUACUCUCCUUGUUCCUUUUCCUACCACCCUUUCCUAGGGCCCAAGUAAAUCUUUUGAGGAAUUUUAGAUGUCUUUGCAGGCCUGGUGUAUGUGUCCCUAUUGAACUUGGAAGGGCAGCUAUGAGUGAGAGGUAGAGGCUUCCUCUUCUAAGUCAAGGUUCCCUCUAGCAAGCCAUUUGAGACUCUCCUCUGUUUACCACAACCUUGGUGGUGGCAACUCCCAUAUGACCCGGCUGGGGUUAAGUGCUCAGAUCCCAGGCGACUUUUGAAGAGUUAUGGUUAAGAUGGCCAGACCACCUCAGCACUGGGAAGCCACCACCUAAUGUGGGUGUUCUUGGGUGACCCUUUACUGGGCAGAAGUAAAGUCCGAGGGAAACACAUAUGCAGAGAAAGGCGGGGACUGGGGGAAAAUGGGGAAAUGACGUAAAAUCUUACUCUGUGGCAUAAAUCAAACUGGGAAAUAUCCUCUCGGAAGCGGGAAAAGAUGAUUUCCCUGAGUGAAGUUCAACCUGAGGACGGGAAAAUAAUGACAGGAGACACUGGGCAAGGCAUAUUUAAAUCUCCGAAUCCCUCUUUUACAAAUAGCCUUGACUGAACGCUGAGUCCUAUCCCUCACUACUAACUGCUGGUUUCCAAAAUCCUCUUAAAAGGUUUGUUAAAAAACAAAAUUCUCUCUCUCUCUCUCUCUCUCUCUCUCUCUCUCUCUCUCUCUCUCUCUCUAGUUUGGAAUUUAGUCCUAUCCCCACUCUUUUUCAAUCUAAUUUCUGUUGAAGUUUUUUUUUUUUGUAAAAAAAUAAAAAUUAAAAAUAGAGACAUCCACCAAUCUUCCUAUGGGGACGUUUAGAAGGAGGGCUUGCUUCUCUUCUGUGUUUCUUUAUUAAGAUACUGAGAUCUGUUGUAUGUAUGAGCCAAGAUGCCCUCACUAAUAUACACAGUAUUUAAGACUCCACAUGAGAUUUCUUGAGUAUUUUAUUUUAUUCCCUGUAAAUGGUUUUGUAAAAUCUUGGAAAUGUACACUUUGGUUUUGUAGAUAGAUCUUUGGGGCGGGGCGGGGGUUGUCUUGCAUGUGUGUUUUUUGUUGUUGCUAAUUGUCACAUCAUUCUUUCUGCAGGUUUUGGUUGAAAUGCUUAUAGACCUUAAUACAGUAAAUAUAUUUUCAGAAUAUAAACUUUUAUAUUUCUGUGGUAAAUUAGGACAUGCGUUUUAGGCAAUCUUUUCCAUUAAUAUCACCUUUUCCUUUGGGGGUGAAAUAUAUCUCAUAUUGGUUUGGUGCCAAUGUUUUGGGGUUUUUUUUUUUUUUGGUCUUUAAUUUUUUUAAUUUAAAAUCAGAUAGUCAUACAUUAUUAAGAAAUCAAGUCAAUUUUUUUUUCUCUAGAAGUCAUUACGUUUGAAUUCUAAUUUGAAAAUGUAUUGAAUUUGUGAAUAAGCCUUACCAUUAGGUUCAAUAAUCCUUCUGACCUUUCAAAACUACACGUGUAGUUCAAGAUCCCCCCCCCCAUAAAUUCUCACUGUGUGGCAGUUGAUGGAGUUCGGAAAAGAGCCUUAAGCUUGUUGCAAAAAUAAUAAUAUAAUUAAUUAAUUAAAAGGGUAAUACGGGUUGUUUCCUCCAAGUAAGCCAUGUUGGUGGGCUCAGUGCAGUCUGUAAGUCGCUCAUGGCUAAUCUGAAGAGAGUGGUGGGAGGAGCUGAUGGCGGCAGGGACCAGGUGGAUUCCUCGGCGAAUGUCUUUGGCCAUAAGACUGGACCGAGGGUAGGUUUUCUUGAGCCACUUGUAUUCUAGUAGUAUGGUUGAGGGAUGGUGCCAGGGAGGGCUGCUAACUCACCAUUUGUUCUAAACAAAUGACAUUUCCUGCUCCUGACCCUGCUGGGGACCCCAGGGUAGCUAAAGUCCGUGCUCUCUGAGAGAUGUUAACAAAGUUUACAUAAGAGUCUUGCUGUGUAGACAAUCUGGAGUCAGUUUCUGUUCCAUCAUCGGCAUCGCCAUAUGUCCUUGGUGUUUCUGUGAGGAAGUGUGUGUCAAGCCAUACUAGGGUGAAGUGUGCUGGAUGAAGGUACUGUAGCUACAGAGAGGGAGCAGCAGGUGACCUGGUUCGUCCAGGGCUGUUUCGAUGGCGAAAAAAAUCACAGAGGGUAGAGUUAAGUCUCAAAAAUCAAGUUAUAAUAUCUUUUGGUAGGUGGCACUCCAGCCAUCACUGGCUGAUUCUCCUUACCAACCCUUGAAGUAGGAUUUUGCAUUUAGGGCUAUGUGGCUUAGCAUGCGGUCCAUCUCUAGGAAGUGUCCAAAGUCACUUUCUCAGCCUUUGGGAUUAAGAUUGGCAUGUGUCAGUCAGGAGACCUGAUGUCUAGAGUGAAGCUUCAGCCUUACGUCUCUGGGUUUGCCUCACCCUCCUUACCCCGACAUCUUGUCUGAUGUGGGAGCUUACCGACUCCAGGAUAUUCAGAGGGUGUUGAGUGCUCCAUCUAGUCUUUAACUUACCAUUGUGCCAUUAGUCCCAGCUUGAAGUUAUUUUCUAAUGUCUACGUUAGCUAGAUUGUGAAAAAAUAAUUGCCUUUCAUAAAACCAAGGACCAAAGAUUCCAUUAUUCCAACCAAACAUGAGUUUCAUAAGCUGUAGGCACAUCUGCAUCCAGAUGUGUGAGUUUCAUGGCACAGAGGAACCCUUGGUUCCUCCCACCCCCAAACUCAUGCUCCCUGACUUGCCAUGCAGAGAAGUUGAAUAUCUCUUGAAAAAAGGCUCUGAAGGAAGAGUUUCUGAGAUGGGAACUUAGUAUCUCAGGUGGGUGUUUCUGCUUGUAUAGCCUUAAGUUUUCAUUUAUCCCAUUAUAAAACGGAGGUCAGGGAUCCCUCCGGGUAUCUAACCACGGUCAACUCUUCCAUUUGCACGUGGGCCUCCAGCUGAAGUUUUGCAGCUAGGUCUUCGGUAGUACAUCCUGUGUGACUGCCAGAUGUCCAUCUCUUUAGUUUCUCAUCAAGCCAUCCCACUUCCUGCUUAGUAGAGCAAGAAUGUUCCCCGGUGCCCCCACCAUGGGUUGCCCCAUUUUCAUCCCCAUUCACGAUGAUGUCAUUGGCCUCUUAACUAAUCCAGAAGACUGAUGUUAAAGAAGUGGUAUUCUACUGGUAAGGCUUAUUACCAAACUUCGGAUACUGAAGCAGGCUACCAAAAACAUAUCCAGCUCACCCUGGGAGUUUCUGGGUUGGAUCACGGACGUAGCAAACACACCAAAAUCCACGGAUACCUUUGCAGGUUAGGUUGCUCAUUUUCUUUUUCUUGCCAGAUUUUCACGGGAAGGUCUUUAGUUCCGGAUCCUUGUAAGUAUGAGUCCUUCAUAGGGUUAUAUGCAGGUUUAGCUGGUCCAUUCUCCACGCUGUAAAUAUUUUCCCCAAACUGGGUGCAGUACUGAGGGUAAUAAUCUCCUGAUUUAUCAAAUGCUGACUGUCUGGAGCAAAUCGUCCGCUCUUUGUGAAUGGUCCUGUAACGUAUAUGAACAUAUUUCUGGGUGCCUUAGAAGUUGUAUUUUUCAUGUGUGCUAAUAUGCAGUAUUUAUACAUUGUGAGAAGCUGCUUUGAAUAAAAAGAUUGAAAAUUUG